AUGAAAUUGAUAAGUACAACUGUUGCUUUGGCUCUUUUUGGCCUAACUGGAGCAAUUCAGAUCUACUCGCAACAGAACUACGGUACAUCACCAGCAGUGUACCAAACACCGCAGUAUACCCAGCAAGUGGCAUAUCAACCGCGAGGGUUCAGUAAACAGCAAGAUGGGUACACACAGGCGGCGUAUCAGGGUCAGCAGGUUCAAUCACCAGAAGGGGGUGCGAGGAUACUGAGCCAUAAUGCAGAGAACAACGGUCACAGUUACCAUUACUCUUUCGAGACAGAUAAUGGCAUCCAAACAGAAGAAUCUGGACAAAUAAACAAGGGUACCCAGGCUCGAGGAGCGUAUUCAUAUAGAGGUAAUGAUGGUCAGGUGUACAGUGUGAGGUACACUGCUGAUGAAAAUGGAUUCAGACCCGAGGGUGCCCACCUGCCGACCCCUCCACCUAUACCCGACGCAAUACUCAAAUCUGUAGAACAGAAUGCCUAUAAUGAAGUCAAUGGUAUCUACGAUGAUGGUUCCUACAAACCAAAUUAUCAACAAGCCGUGCAACAAAAUAAUUAUCAGCAGACUACUUAUCAGCAGGCCAGUUAUCAGCCCCAGGUACAACAGCAAAACCAUUUACAGCAAGGCUACCAGCAAAAUGGUUACCAGCAAAAUGCCUAUCUACAAAACAAUUACCAGCAAAGCGUUGCCCAGAAUAUUUACCAGCCUAGCACCAACCACCAAAUUGGAUACCAGCAAAGCGGGUGGAAUAAUGGUGUUCAGCAAAUUCAAGCAAAUUACAAGCAGAAUGCAUACCAACAAAACAUUCCGACAACAAUAAACAUCCCUGCUAGUAAUGGAUAUCAUAAAUAA